AAAAUGAUAAAACUUUGCCAGUUUAACUAAUUUCUUUCAGACAAUAUGCAUCGGAAGAAAACAAGACAAGAGAUUAAUCUAAGUCGGUUACUUGUUCGUUGUAUAGAGAUGGCAAACUCCACCCCAGACCUUCAGCAGGAAUGGAGAUUACCUAAGUUUAUAAAAGCUGCAGAACAGAUGUAUGCUAACCUACCCUCUCCCCCUGACCCUGCAGCUCCGAGUAGUGAUGAUAAACUUGAAUACCAAAAACAACUUCAGUUCCUACAAAAUAUUGCAAAGGAAGUUUUAACUGAAAAUUUUGACGACACUGAAAACGAAUCAAAUAUCUUAGUGAUAACCUCCCCGAAGGUUUUACUUCCCCGAGGUCCAGCCUCGACAAAAGACACAUUGUCCAAACAAAUCGUCCAGAAAGCUGCUGAGAGGGCCCACCAGACGCAGAGAGAGAAUUUGUUCGGAAGCAAACCUACUGAAAACGGAGAAAGUCUUCAAGAGCAGGAUUUUGAUAGAUUGCUUGCUCUGCAUAGAGAUCAGCAGGAGAAGGUUGCCGAGGAAAUGUUAGGAAUGACGAGGAGACUCAAGGAACAAACUCUAGCAGCUAAAUCUUUAGUUCAGGAGGAUACGGAUCGGAUAGAAAGAAUAAACAAACGAGCAGAUGAUAACCUUUCCAAAAUACAGAGUGAGGGUGGAAGAGUAUCUAAGUUAGCAUCCCGUUGGAACUGCAGAUGCUGGAUUUGGUUGGCGAUGCUCAUUGUAGUUCUUACAUUCGUAGGAAUGGUUUUAUUGAUGAAAUUGUUUAAGAAAACGAUAGUCUUGGAAACCUCUAAGAAGACAGAACUCUGAAUAAAAACUGUGAUACUGAACGAUUUCUGAGUGAAUUUUAGAGUUUAUUUUUGUUAAAAGAUGCAUUUUCGUAAUUUUAAAACGUAAUCUGUAAUUGUUACAAAUUUUUGUUUCAAACUUGCAUGUGCAAAUGUUUUUUGUACAUGGUAUCUGAUAGUGUAUGUACAAAUGAUAUAUUUAUAUACAUGGCUUCAUUUUAUCUAUGUACAAAUAAUAUGAACAUGGUUUCAGUCAAUCUAUUUACAAAUAGUAUAUUUAUGUACAUGGUUUCAGUCAAUCUAUGUACAAAUGGUAUAUUUAUUUACAUGGUUUCAGUCAAACUAUGUACCAAUGAUGUAGUUAUGUACACUAUCCAAAUAACAUAAUCUAUGUACAUUGUUUCAGA